ACCAUAGAUAAGCGUACAAUAGAAUGUGACAUUAAAAAAGUGGCAUCGACUCUAUUAAUUACAAAAAUACAAGCAUAAAUAACAAAAGGCAUAAUUGAUAAGAACGUUUUCUUUUGCUUUAUUUGAAAAUUAAAUUCUUUAUUCAUGUAAAUGUAUAUACUCGCUUCGCUCAGUUAAAACAUCACCAAUUCGAUUGAUAGGUUCAAUGAAGAACAUCAGCCACAUAUAACAUACAUCUAUUACAUGAGAAAAUUAUGAAAUCCAGUACAUUAAGUUGAAUUUGAUAAUUCAAAAUGGUAGGUUUGAAUAAGUGCAAUUUUGGACAUUGAUAUUUAAUUUCAAUUAUUUAUGACCCCAGAUAUGAUACUAGCAGGAAUUCGUAUUAAAAUCUCCCAAGUUUAUCUCCGAGGACAAAUAAAGCUGAGUACUUCGAUAGUAGCCAAGUAAAAUGUCCAGUACCACACCCUGAAUGUAAAGUCUUAAAAGGCACGAGUGCUUAGUCCAUGUUUGACCAGUUUGGCAUUUCUUUACCGAAACGUCAAAGAGCCUAUUUGAUUAAUUGAUUGACGUCAAAGGAUCGAAAAUUUUCUGAAGAGUUUACUUUUCUUCCAUCGUUCUAAGAUCAAUACCUCUCCGGGAGUUAGUGCUAGAAGAACAAAGCACAGAGAUCUUGGAUACUUAGGAAUUUAUUGUGACAAUUUUAGCACACGUUGACUUUAAAACUGGUACAAAGGUUAUUGCCAAUAUUGUGCAAUUAGUUGUAUCCAUUUGAGAGUUGUUCGUGAUCCGAGGUUCCCUAAGUAACAAAGAGGAUUUUAUUGCCAUAGUAACGUAUUUAAGACUUAUACGCAAGGAUGAUGUAGCAAUCGGUAUUGGAUUAAAAAAGGUGUAUACGUUUUUGCGACGUGAACUAAAGAAAUAAUUAUGGAAGGACCCGGAUGGGGGUUAAGAUGUGUGUGUAUUUUCCUGCUUACUUUUGUAUACCAGAGCCAGUGCCAAGAUGUGCAGUACACAUUUGAUUUGGACUUCUACAAUGGACAGUCUUUUUUCAAGUGCCCUGAUGGCUGGGACACCAGGGCAAACAAAUGUUUUAAAGUUUUCAAUACUUCAAUAUCCUGGGAACAGGCCAGGGAAACAUGUGUCAGGUAUGGCAGUACGCUAGUGACGAUCAAUGAUAAGAACAAGAAUCUAUUUGUUGGUACGGGCGUGUUGGAUUUCUUUCGACAACUCUCUACCACUAUAGAGGGAAAAACUGAGUCGGAGGUCAACAACCUUCUCAGCUCUUUUUGGUCAGGCUUUAAUUGUGAAAACAAUUCAACUGGCUGCACAUGGCAAACAGGAGAGACAGCCAGUGUUUAUGAUGGAUUUUGGAUGACUGGACAACCUGACUUGGCCACAGGUAAAUGUGUUGAUAUAAACAUGCAAUAUGGAGCUAACUUCUCCUGGUCUGACACUGUGGGGGGUGUAGAUACAGGCGUAGAAAUCAGCAAAGAGUUCCGCUGGUCGUUCACGGAGUGUGAGGAGCAGAAGUUCUUCGUUUGUGAGACGACAGCUUGUCUUGAGGGUCAGUUUAGGUGCUUGGAUGGAAAGAAAUGUCUCGCGGCAUCCUGGGUUUGCGAUGGAUUCCAGGAUUGCGAUGAUAGAUCUGAUGAAAUCAACUGUGCAACAUCUUGUGGUGGCAAACAGGAAGGGCUCCAGGGCACUAUUGAGUCCCCAAACUACCCAAACCCCUACGAACCAUAUGCAGACUGUGAAUGGAUCAUUGAAGCCCCCCUUGGGUACAAAGUCCAGCUUACUUUUACAGACAUGGAAACCGAGCCUUAUUUUGAUUCAGUCAGUGUUUAUGACAUCAGGGGUUCUUUGGACAAUCGGGAGAAAAUUGGUCAAUAUUGGGGCCAGCAGAUUCCAAUUGUCGGAUUAAGUGCCUCAAAUUUGCUCCAAGUGAAAUUCACUUCCGAUCAUGCAGAUAACCGCAGGGGAUUCAGAGCAACUUGGGUUGCCGUACAGCCAGAUGGUUGUGGCGGUCGCUUGACAGCUGUUUCCGAGAAACGUCAUGUGACAUCACCAGGCUACCCUGCCAACUACCCUGAUAGUACAGAGUGUAUCUGGAACAUUGAGGAGACAACGAGAACUGAUAUCAUCACAGUGCAGUUUUCCGAUUUCUUAACUGAACACCCUCAUGACUUUGUGCGUCUUCGUGAUGGAAAUGGGCCAGCUUCCGCAGAGUUCAAUAAAUACACAGGGUCCCAGGUACCCCCUGUUCACAUGUCAACCACCCCUGACAUGUACAUGAAGUUUGCCAGUGACUAUGCAUAUAAUUAUAGAGGGUUCAAUGCAACUUAUUGGAAAGGAUGUGACGUGAGCAUAAUAGAUGCCUGGGGUAAAAUAGAAUCCCCCGCCUACAAGGUGAACAACUACCCCAACAGCAAGGAUUGCUCAUGGACAGUCUCCCACCCCCAGGGUAGAGCAUUGACUGUCAUCUGGGAUCCCCUGUUCACAACUGAGAAGAACUUUGAUGUGGUCCAGGUAUAUGUUAAUGGUAAUGAGCAAACAGGUACCCUGGCCUCUACCCAUUCAGGCACCCAAAUCCCCUCUGACUUCAGGACAUUUAAUGGCCAGUUCUUCAUCAGGUUUACCACUGACUCUAAGAUCAACAAACGCGGAUGGGGAGCCGCAUUCUCAUUUGAUUGUCCAUUUAUCAAUGUCCCAUCAAAUGGGUUCAUUGACACCAAUACUACAUACUUUAACACACUGGUGACAUUCUCCUGUAUGGAGGGCUGGAAGAUUUCUGGAGACCCCACGGAUGUAGCAAGGACGCAAAGGAGAUGUAUCCAAAAUGGCGUCUGGUAUCCAGAAGUAUUUCCUGUAUGCGAACGUAUAAUGUGUGAUGACCCACCUGUCCUUGUUAAUGGUCAAGUGUUCAAUGUGACUUCACGCGAAUAUGGGGGAGAAGUCUUCUAUGCUUGUUCUGUAGGCUACAAAAUCAUUGGGAACUCUAUAUCAACAUGUGGGAACAAUGGCUGGUCUGCAGCUCCUACAUGUGAAUUGAUAAUGUGCCCCACUCCAGUGGCUCCCUCUAAUGGUCAGGUGAUCGGAACUGAUUCUAGUUAUGGCUCCCAAGUCACAUACACCUGUAACUUCGGAUAUCAGAUAGAUGGUGCCAGAAGUGCUUUUUGCACGGAAUCUGGACUCUGGUCGAACCCCAUGCCAAACUGCAACAGAGUACGUUGUCCAGCUCCAUCCUCAACUCCUAAUGGAGUUGUCAACAGACCCGGACCCUAUCUUUACCAGGACUCCAUAACUAUAAUAUGUAACAGCGGGUAUGAAGAAGUUACUGGUCAGAUCACCUGUACUGGAUUUGGUAAUUGGACUGGCAGUUUAGCAUGUAGAGAUAUCAAUGAAUGCAAUGUGAUGGCUGGUACAUGUGGUAUUCACACCUGUGUUAACACACCUGGUGCCUACAGGUGUGAUUGUCUACCUGGAUAUAGGAACACUAAUCCCACUGCAUGUGAAGAUAUCAAUGAAUGUCAAGUUCAAAAUGGUGGGUGUGACCAGGUUUGCAAGAAUUUGAUUGGAAGUUUUGAAUGUUCAUGUCAGGAGGGGUAUGAGCUGUUCACUGGGGCAUCACAAGGCCUCGUCACAACCAAUGGACUCAUUGUGGGCAAAUCCUGUGUUGCUGUUACAUGUCCAUUGUUGCCUCUACUCACAAAUGGUCAAGUUUUCUACAACAGCGCUCCAAAUGACGAUGGAAUGUUUAUUUUUGACACUAGAGCAAGUUUCCUGUGCAACAGAGGUUUCACAGUAAAUGGACCUAGCAUGGCUGUAUGUCGUAAAGAUGGAACAUGGACUAACUCUCUUCCAAUGUGUGCAAGAGCUGUGUGCCCAGCCCUUGGUGGAAUUAUGAAUGGGCGGAUCACUAUUAGUGACAAUCUUUACUAUGGCAGUGUCGCUACAUACUCAUGCGAUUUAGGCUACAAUUUGAUUGGUACAAAAACAAGAGAAUGUGAUUGGUCAAAUGAAGUUGUACUUGGACUGCAGUAUGCUUGGAGCGGCUCUGAGCCUCGCUGUCAAAUUGCUGACUGUGGUGGAGUGCCACCUAUUAGCAAUGGAGCAGUCACGCAGACAGGAACAGUUUUCAACUCAACCAUAACUUACAGAUGUUACACUGGGUUUGAACUUGUUGGGGCGUCAGUGCGUACAUGUGAAGCCAAUGGCCAAUGGUCAGACACUAGUCCUGUUUGUACUGGUAUGAGGUGUCCUGACCCAGGUGCUCCUGUGUUUGGAUCUGUAGUAGGGGGCUCCAGGAAUGGUUUUGAAGUUGGAGCUAGUGUACAGUUUCAGUGUGACAAGCCUGGCUAUGAAAUAACAAACCCGAACCCAAUAUUCUGUGUUGUCGAUGAGAAAGAAUCAGAUUGUGGCCUUGGUUUAUCAGUGGUGGCAAUAGGUGGCAGGUAUGCUACCCAGAGUGCACCACCAGACAAUGCCUUAUGCAAGACCUACUACAGUCUACAGGUGGUAUCUCUCCUACAAGCUAUCAAACCUGCCCUUGAUAGCUUUGUUUGUACAAGCCCUAAUGUUGAACUGGAUGUGGACAGUGGAGCUGAUAUUUACUAUGAAGGAAAUGUUAUUGUUGCGACAGCCAGGAUUCGUGUUUCUGCUGCCACAAGUGCUGCCACCUACGAAGAUAUUCAGGACUGUGGAAGUGCGCUCCUUGUGACGCUCACUGAUCCCUCGUACCUUGCUAUGUUCCCAGAUCUCCUCCAGAUAGAGGCCAGUGGGACUUGUAUAGGAGGUGUCCUGAACCCCCAGCAAUUGACCAAUGAUGGACGUAUAUACACCUGCCCUGAAGACUAUACCCUAGGACCAGAUAACCGCUGUUGUCCAUCAUUCGCUACUACGGUUGCUCCUAUAUCUACAACAACUGAAGAGGGUUCUGGUGGCUCCGGGGGUUCUGGAGCAUCUGGGUCUGGUGAAGAAGUAA